CUUUUGGUUUUUGAUUUUUUUUUUCGAUUAUCUGACUCUAUUGUCUUCUUUUUAUUAUUAUUAUUAUUAUUUAUUUUAUUUACAAUCUAGUCUUCAGUCAUGACCGUUGAUAUUAUAGACAAUAGUCAACGGAAAUAUAAACUGGUCUUUCUUGGAGAACAAAGUGUUGGCAAAACAUCACUUAUUACAAGAUUCAUGUAUGAUACUUUUGAUAGUACUUAUCAGGCAACAAUUGGGAUUGAUUUUUUAUCAAAAACAAUGUAUAUGAAUGAUAAUCGGAUCCUUCGACUACAAUUAUGGGAUUCAGGAGGACAAGAACGAUUUCGUAGUCUUGUACCUAGCUAUAUCCGUGAUUCUGCUGUAUGUGUUAUUGUCUAUGAUAUUUCAAAUCGAUCCACUUUUAUCAAUACGGAUAAAUGGAUUGAUGAUGUACGUGCGGAAAGAGGGGAUGACGUGAUCUUGGUACUUGUUGGUAAUAAAUCAGAUUUACAUGAGAAAAGACAAGUUCCUUUGGAAGAAGGGGAAAAGAAAGCCAAACAGUAUAAUAUGUUAUAUAUUGAAACAAGCGCAAGAGCAGGACACAAUGUCAAAGCUCUCUUUCGUAAAAUAGGACAUGCUUUACCUAAUUUGGAUGAUAAAUUGGAAAAGGAAAAUAGCGAUUUCUUAAUCAAAGUGGAUUUGAAUGAUACGUCUGCUUCCAAAGAACAAGAAGUAGCAAGCACUUGUUAUUGUUAAUACUCAUUCAUCAUCUUUAUUAUUAUACAUAGAUUAUUUUAUAUUACUUCUUUGCUCCC